AGGAACUGUGUUUUUCUAUCUCAAUGUUCUGGGGGACGUUAAUAGUGUAACAUAUGGCUAACGAUAUAGCAUGUAGCAUUUGCAUAAACUUGGAGGAAAUCUUUGGAUAAGUGUUCUCCAGUAUACUAUGGUGUGAGACACUGAAAUGGCUGGCCGUAUUCCUCUGGUUUUGCUGGCCUGUGGCUCUUUCAAUCCCAUUACCCACCAGCACAUGCGGCUAUUUGAGCUGGCCAGAGACCACAUGCACCAGACGGGUCUGUAUCGUGUGGUGGGUGGCAUUGUAUCUCCUGUCGGUGAUAGUUAUGGUAAACAGGGUCUUGUUGCUUCGAAACACAGACUUGCUAUGGCAAGACUGGCCCUGCAGAGCUCUGACUGGGUUUCCGUAGAUGACUGGGAGAGCCAGCAGGUGGAUUGGACAGAGACUGCGGUGACCAUGAGGUACCACUAUGGCCGCAUAGCUGCUCAGUACCACCACAGCAAGGCCCCGCCCACAAACGAGCGACCAUCCUCUGACGUGCCACAGUUGAAGCUUCUUUGUGGAGCGGAUUUCCUGGACACGUUUAAGGUGCCUGGUUUGUGGAGGGACGAUCAUGUCGAGGAGGUGGUGGGCCGCUUCGGACUGGUCUGCGUGAGCCGCGGUAGCCUGCAGCCAGACCGGGCUAUACAUGAGUCCGACUUGUUGUCCAGGCACCGGCAGAGCAUUUUCCUGGUUCGGGAGUGGGUACGCAAUGAGAUCAGUGCUACAGAGAUCCGACGAGCCCUACGGAGGGGCCACAGUGUUAAAUAUCUCUUGCCAGACUCUGUCAUUGAUUACAUACAAGAGCACAACCUUUAUACCCAAGACAGUGAGAUGAAGAACAAAGACAUUAAACUAAGACCUCUUACCAAGCAAGCAAUACAAGACUGAUGUAAGCUGUCGGGAACCCAUAGCCUGAGGUGGUGUAAAGACCAAUUCGCACUGAACCGACAAACGCCGACCAAUGGGACAGACACUGUCGGGUUUUGUCGGAUCAGUGUGUUACCCCUGUCAGCAUCUGUUGCUGUUGGUUGGUUGUUUUCGCCGAUUGAACAUGUUCAAUCCAUGUCUGUCAGUGCAGUGUGAAUUGGCCUUUAAGCAUGGUUGCGGGAAAUAGGGGUGGCGUAGCACCCCCUGCCGACAGCUGCGAUGGAAUUUAAGAUGCCACUACAAAUAAAAAAUAAAGUUUUGCCUUCCAACAUUUUA